AUGUCCUCUAACGUGCAGGUUGCGUCUCUGGUGGCGGGCUCGAUCGCCGUCUUACUCGCGGGCCUGGAUAGCAUCCCUGCCAUCAAGAGUAUCGCCGAUCGGAUCGCGUGCACAUCGCCCCAGCAAGAUGAAGCAGACUUAGCGAAGACUGCCUAUCGCGAUGAGGAUGGUGAAGCGACUGAGGAGUCUCUUCACGCGUUCUCAGAUAAAUGGCAACGGGUCGCGAUUGCGCUUUUCUCCGGCAGUGGAGUACUUGUCACAUUGGCUCUGGCCGUUCUUACAACGUUGAAAUACAACACAGACUACACUAUUCUGGCCUGGCUGCAAUUUGGAAUCUGGGUCUUUCUUUCUGUUCAAGCCAUCGCGUUCUUCACUGAGCCAAGACCAACGAGGCGAUUCGUGCUGGGCCAGUUUGCGUUUGGUGGCAGUCUAACUGCCCUUGCAAUCGCCGGCAUUCAAAUUCGCCUGGCAUGGAAUAACCAGAGUAUUCUGCUUCGGGAGAAACUAUGGAUUGGCUUGAUCAUCGUUCAGCUUGCUAGUGCGCUACUGCGCGCAUUGUUCAGCAUUCUUCUACCGCGCCGGCCUGACGUUUUCUACAACGGUCAAGUUGUUGAUAGAGAGCUCACAGUAUCUGCUUUUGGCCGUUUCACGUUUUCCUGGGCCCAAAAUAUUCUCAACUAUGCCGUCAAGAACCGGACACUGGCCCUGGGCGACCUACCCAAGCUUCGGUCGGUAAAACGUGCAGAACACCUUAGAACACACUUUGAACGUGCCAAAGGCUCACGCACGAUUUGGAAAGCCCUCAUCUUUGCACACUGGGACACUCUUUUAUUUCAGCUUUUCCUGACUGUGGUGACUAGUACCCUGAGCUUCGGACCCCAGGUGGCUCUCUUUAAGAUUCUAAGCUCGCUGGAGACUCGCGGGACGGAUUCCUUCAAUCCGCUCCAAACUUUGUUCUGGGUUCUCGCACUAGGAGGGUUGAUGUUACUGCACUCGACUAUUGAGGCUUGGUUAUUCUGGGUUGUCUGCUCUAAGCUCUUUGUCCCGAUCUACGCGGAGCUCUCAGCCGCCGUUUUCGCCAAGUCAAUGCGCCGAAAGGAUGCCAAGCAAACCGAAAAGUCCAAAAACAAGGAUGAUCCAAACGCCUCCAUGAAGGCCUUGCUGCAGGAACAAGCCGAGGAGGAGGAAGAUGACGAGGCCUCGAUCAAGAAAAGCCGACAGAGUAUUAUUAACCUAGCAGCCGUGGAUGCCAGACGUAUCUCUGACUUUACGUCCUACGCAUAUCUGAUCCCGUUCGCCAGUCUGAAGAUUAUCAUCGGCUGCAGCUUCUUGGUCAAAAUUCUCGGCUGGCGCAGUGCUUUGGCUGGAAUUGCUGUAUCUCUGCUUGUCACUCCACUGAAUAUCUUCGCCGCCAAGAAGUACACCGGUGCACAGGACAAACUCAUGAAGCUCAGAGAUCAGAAAAUGGCCAUCGUUACUGAGGUGCUUCAAGGCAUUCGUCAGGUCAAGUUCUCAGCUUUGGAGGAACAGUGGCAGAAGAAGAUCGGACAGGCGCGAGAGGCAGAGCUUGGGGCCUUGUGGAUCUCAUUCCUCUAUGAUGUCGUCCUGAUGGCAAUCUGGAUUCUCGGUCCCAUCGGUCUUGCCGCAAUCUCGUUGACUGUCUACGCUCUGAUUCAUGGUGGGCUAUCUGCAUCCGUUGCCUUCACUGCCAUGGCUGUUUUCGGUGCCCUGGAGAUGUCUCUGGCUGUGCUGCCUGAGAUCAUUUCCAAUGGCCUGGAGGCGAAGGUCAGCGCGGACCGUAUUGAUAUUUACAUGCGAUCAGCUGAGAAGAUCGUGAACACUGUGCCUUCGGAUACCAUUGCUUUUGAGGAGGCUUCUGUGGCAUGGCCAGCAGAGAAGGAAGAAGGCGAAGAAGAUGACGAAGAUCGCUUUCUUCUUCGUGAGAUGAAUCUCGUCUUCCCCAGCAAGGGUCUCAGCGUCAUUUCUGGUCGAACUGGGUCUGGAAAGAGUCUGCUUCUCGCGUCGAUUCUGGGUGAAUGUGAUGUUCUCGAAGGAACCGUGAAAGUGCCCGUCCCACCUCCUACUAAGGAUCGCUUCGACCAUCUCGCAACGAGCGCAAACUGGACUAUUGAUUCAGCGAUUGCAUAUGUUGCCCAGGUCCCUUGGAUUGAGAACGCCACCAUCAAAGCAAAUAUCCUGUUCGGGCUUCCUUACAACGAAGACCGUUAUCGGAAGACCCUCUUCGCCUGUGCCUUGGAGAAGGAUUUGGAGAUGAUGCCCGAUGGCGAACUAACCGAUAUCGGUGCGAAUGGUGUCAACCUGAGUGGUGGACAGCGUUGGCGAGUGUCGUUUGCCCGUGCAUUGUAUUCCAGGGCAGGCAUACUCGUUAUGGAUGAUAUUUUCAGCGCCUUGGAUGCGCACACUGGCCGCCACGUCUACGAACAUGCUUUGACGGGGGAGCUUGGUCAAGGGCGAACUCGUGUACUGGUCACUCACCAUGUUGCGUUGUGUCUUCCCAAAACCGACUACUCGGUGCUUUUGGAAAACGGGCGCGUCAAGUACGCAGGUACUAUUGAUGAUCUUCGGAAAGAGAAGCACUUGGAUGAUAUUCUCCGGGAAGAGCAUGAAGCGACAGAGGAGGACCAGAAUGCCCUCAACGAGGAAUUGGCCGGAGUUGCUCCUGAGGAGACCAAUCUCCAGAAGAUCAUCUCCAAUACACCGCAUCAGCAGCCAAGCACCUCACAUGAUGACACAGCAACGAAGCGAGCAUCACCAAAGAAGUUUAUUGAGGAUGAGCAGCGAGAAGUUGGCUCGAUCCAUCUUUCUGUUUACAGAACUUAUUUUUCGAUGGGUGGCCAUGCUAUUCUCUGGCUUAUUACGAUAAUGGUGUAUCUCAGCUAUUCUAGCCUGAUGGUUGGACGUGCUUGGUGGAUCAAUGUCUGGUCCAGCGCAUCAUCCAACACCGAGGCCUAUCCCGAACACUUCCAGGCCCUGCUGCAACAUACAAUGUCGCGAACAAAUUCAGCCACACAUGAUAACAACCUACAGUGGUACCUCGGCGUUUAUAUUGGCAUCUCCGUUCUUGCCUGUAUACUCGGUACAGCCCGGUUCUACUUCAUUCUUUCUGCAAGCGUGCGCGCAUCGAGAAAUCUCUUCGACCGGCUCACGUACGCGAUAUUACGUGCACCAUUGCGCUGGCUGGAUACUGUUCCUCUGGGGCGUAUUCUUAAUCGUUUCACAUCUGACUUCCAUAUGAUCGAUUCGCGACUCGGUUAUGAGCUCGGCUUUUUCUGCUCCCAGAUAUUGGAAAUGUGCGGCAUUCUGGUUGCCGGAGUACUUGUCUCGCCACUAGUCAUCCUUUUCGCGUCUAUCCUUUUCGUGAUUUGCAUGAAGCUUUCCAUGACUUACUUAGCCGGUGCUCGGGAAAUCAAACGUCUUGAGAGUACUGCGAAGAGUCCGGUGUUCGAACAGUUUGGCUCUAGCUUAGCUGGUUUGAUCACUAUUCGCGCGUUCACCAAGAGCGAGACUUUCAUCGAAGUCAUCUAUAGCAAGAUCGAUGCUCACGCCCAAGCAUGGUGGACUAUGUGGCUGUUCAACCGUUGGCUAGGCAUUCGCAUGAAUGUUGUCGGCGCGGUCUUUUCAACUCUCACGGCUGCGCUCGUGGUUUCUCUGCCCGGUAUCUCAGCUUCGCUUGCUGGCUUUGCCCUAAGCUUUACACUGCAGUGCAAUAGUGCGAUUGCCUUUGCUCUGCGACAAUAUGCCAAUAUCGAGCUCAACAUGAAUGCUACCGAGCGCGUCAUCGAGUAUUCCAAGAUUGAGCUCGAGAACCAGGGCGGUGCCCAUGCACCCGCUGCUUGGCCUACAGAGGGUCGCUUGGAGGUCAAGGACCUUGUGGUGGGCUACGCACCAGAUAUGCCCCCCGUUCUCAAAGGACUCACUUUCACAAUCGAGAAGAACCAGCGAGUAGGUGUCGUUGGUCGUACCGGUGCGGGCAAGUCAUCGUUGACUCUUGCCCUCUUCCGGUUUCUGGAAGCCCGCCAGGGCCAGAUUCUUAUUGAUGGGCUCGACGUGUCGAAGAUCACUUUGCACGAUCUCCGUAGCCGCCUUGCAAUCAUUCCGCAAGAUCCUGUGCUCUUCUCUGGUACAGUGCGGUCUAACCUCGACCCCUUCGACGAGUACAGUGACACGGAGCUGCAGGAUGCCUUGGCCCGCGUGCGCCUCAUCUCUUCAUCAGUCGAGGAUGACGAAGCAACAUUGACAUCCCAAGCUGGGACUCCACGGCAGUCCAGCACCACCGGUGCAACCACACCCGACACUGCGACAGCACAGCAAGCCAACACAAACAUGUUUACAUCUCUGUCUGCGUCCAUUUCCGAGGGCGGUCUCAAUUUAUCCCAGGGUCAACGGCAGCUCCUCUGCCUCGCCCGUGCCAUCGUAUCAAGACCCAAGAUCAUGGUCCUGGACGAGGCCACCUCGGCCGUGGACAUGGAGACCGAUGCGCUGAUCCAGCAGUCUAUCCGUGCGGAAUUCGGUCGCGACGCGACGACUCUGCUUGUGAUUGCCCACCGGCUCAGUACUAUUGCAGAUUUCGAUCGUAUCCUCGUUAUGGAUGCGGGCAAGGCUGUUGAGUUCGGACCUCCCAAGGAUCUGAUGGGAAUUGAGAACGGUGUGUUCAAGAGCUUGGUGGAUAACAGCGGAGAGAAGGCCGUUCUGGAGAAAAUGAUUUUUGGAGAGAAUUAA